AUGGAGGAUCAACUCACGACGGACAACGAAAGCUCAAAGAUUGCCUCUCGCCCAGCUUCGGCCAUCAUGGAGGAACGAGUCACGGACAUGAUUCCAGAAGAGCCAGUGAUGUCGCAGCCAGACUCACCUGACGAUUCUUUCCAACCAGAUAUUUCCCUCAACGCAAGAAGCAGUGCCGAGAGUUCAAGACUCCAGCCCGAGACGAGUGACGCCAUCAACACCAGGCCAGAUGACUGGGAACGUCGAGAAAAAGACAACGGAGUUCCUUACUACGUUGAUCAUGUGAGAAAGAAGACAGUAUGGACUCACCCAGACCUCACCGAGUUCAUCACUGGUUUGCAAGUUCUCAACGAAAUUCGGUUCCCCGCCUAUCGGACCGCCAUCAAGCUCCGCAAAAUCCAGAUGAAGCUCACUUCGGACAACUUCAACAUUGAAAAUAUGCAGAAGGCAUUCAGAACUGUUUCUCCUGAUCCAACUGCAACGAUCGAGGUGAUAAUUUUGGCUGAGAUUCUCUAUGAUCUGUACGAAAAUUCUAAGCGGCGCGCUUAUCAGGCCGACUUGACUCUCAAUUGGCUGCUCUCCGUUUUCAACCCUAAGCGAGAAGGAACCAUUCCAGUUCUCUGUGUCAAGGUUGGCCUCGUUGCUUUGUGUGGCGCACAGCUGGAGCAAAAGUACAGAUAUCUUUUCACCGCUACCAGUGGUGCGAAGAGAACGAUGAACAAGGAAGGCCUCAAAGCUCUUGUCUACGUUCUGUCUCAAAUUCCAUACCAUCUUAACGAACACGUCGCCUUCGUUGGAAACGAGCUCAACGUGGAUCCGACUGUCGAAAGCUGCUUUCAACACAGAGCGAACCCCAAGAGUCCAACUCUUCACAUGGACGACUUCAUGAACUGGUGUUCUCUUCAACCUGAGUCUAUAGUUUGGCUUCCUAUUCUUCACCGAACGAUCGCAGCCGAGAAAGUCACUCAUAAUGUCAAAUGCCAGUGCUGUAGAAAUAAAGACUUCACUGGCUUUAGAUACAAAUCCCUCAAGCGAUUCCGACAUGAUCUUUGUCAAGAAUGCUAUCUGUAUGGCAAGGCUAAUGAAAAGAAGCUCGUUCAUUCGCCCUUGGUCGAGUAUUAUAAUCCGACAGGAAUAAGAGAAAACAUCCGGGAUUUUAUGCGAACUGCUCAGAACAAAAUUCCUUUCUUGCGCAAGAAAAACAUCAAGCUAGACUACCGAUAUUAUCUUCCGAUUAAUCCUCAACAAAGCCCGUAA